AGAGCACCGAUGCAAGAGGCAGUUUUCAAAAAUCUGAUAAUGGAAUCCCACUGCCGUAAACUUGCGUCAACUUGUGCACAAUUAGAGAAAGAAAAAGGCCAGAGUAAAAAUGACGACUCUUCAGAUGACCCUAAAAAGAAGCGACAGAGGCGGCAGAGGACUCACUUCACCAGCCAGCAGUUGCAGGAGCUCGAGGCCACGUUCCAGCGAAAUCGCUAUCCGGACAUGUCCACAAGAGAGGAGAUAGCUGUUUGGACCAACCUCACAGAGGCCCGCGUCAGGGUGUGGUUCAAGAACCGGCGCGCAAAAUGGAGGAAAAGGGAAAGGAAUCAACAAGCCGAGCUAUGCAAGAACGGCUUUGGUCCUCAGUUCAACGGACUAAUGCAGCCCUACGACGACAUGUAUCCCAGCUACACAUACAACAAUUGGGCCGCCAAAGGGCUAACUUCGGCCUCUUUGUCCACCAAAAGUUUUCCUUUUUUCAAUUCCAUGAACGUCAACCCUUUGUCAUCGCAAACGAUGUUCUCCCCUCCUAACUCUAUCUCCUCCAUGAGUAUGACCUCCAGCAUGGUACCGUCCGCAGUCACCGGUGUACCCGGCUCGAGCCUCAACAGCCUCAAUAACUUGAACAACCUCAGCAAUCCCUCUCUGAAUUCGGGAGUUCCCACGUCGGCCUGCCCCUACGCCCCGCCGACCCCUCCUUAUGUGUACAGGGACACUUGUAACUCCAGUCUGGCUAGCCUGAGACUGAAAGCUAAGCAGCACUCGAGUUUUGGAUAUGCCAGUGUUCAGAACCCGGCCUCUAAUCUGAGUGCCUGCCAAUACGCAGUGGAUAGACCAGUCUAAUUCCUGAGAAAACACAAAUCCCUAGUCACCGGAACGAGACACUACUCUUUCUUUCUUCUUUUUUUUCUUCCAAAAGGGCACUAGAAGACUAAACCACUGAAACGGGCCGAACUCAGCCAUGGAGUUUCAAACUUCAACGGAAGUAAUUAGACGUUUUUACCUGAUGAAUAUUUUGUUCUGCGUCGGCUAGUGCAGAAUACAGGAUACUUUGUUUCCUAUAAGCUUGUUUAUUUUGAAGUUUCACAUUUGGACUCAAAGGUUGUACAUAUCUAAAUAUCUUCUCCAGUUUAUAGAAGCGAAUGCUAUAGCUCUCCUUUCCUCUCAAAGUUCAAUUUAACAACGCAUGUGGAAACCCCUAAAAUGAAUAAUGUUUUGCUUGCAAACAAGGGAAUGUACAUACUAAACGCACUAGUUGUGUGUUUCUAACAUAUAAAUUUAUUAUUAAGUGUCUGUGUGAACAACGAUUUAGAAUAGCAAUCCUGGGUAUUAAAUGACGCAUCAAAUGUUCCUGCGAGAUUGAAUUGGUUUUUUUCUGUGUAUACUAUUUGGUACGGACUCUUGUUUCGUUUUUUUCAACAUCAAAAAAAUAAACUAUUGUGUUUUAUUUAAUGGAAGUAAAUAUAUUGUUCAAAAAGUUUUGUUUGCCAUUUUUGUGCUGAUCUAAGCAUACAAACAACAGAACUGAACUGCAGUUCGAUUAGCCGAGGCUGUAUUAACUACUAGGUCAAGAAAAGGUGUCUGCAUCCAAUACACAUAAUCACUAGACGAGACUAGAGGUCCACUGACCGGUGAAGGCAAGAUUUCCCGGCAGAUUAACUGCUGAAUACAUGUCUGCCUUCUUAGCCAAGUGGAGUGAUCAUUGAUGCUUGAAAUAACACUGGAAUCAACAAACAAGAAUUGGACCACACAACAAAGGCGCGAGCUUGUUAGCCUUACGCGCUGUAGAGUCUCGAGGCCUGAUCGUGGACAACAGCAGAACAACAAGGCCAAUGCAUGUAUUUCCAGGACGCUAAAUAAAUACCCCUUUGUGUUGAUUAGUCUGAAGAGAAGCAUUAUAUACAACUUUGAUUGAAGACAAAACACAAAGAAAGAAAAAAAGAACUUUUGAGCUAAUAUCAGUCAACAAGAGUACUAAAGAAAAUUACGUUUUAAUAAAUGUAGCUAAUGCUUCUUAAAACAAUUGUAAGCUAAAAUAAAAACACCAACAUUAACAAUAGAACGUUUGAUUGAUUAACCUAACUAUUCACAACGUCGAUCACAUUGUUAUAUUUCCCCCAACAUAUUUUUUUAUUGUUUAAUUUAUUUGAGCGCUUUUAUAAAAGUCUGACAUGUCCAGAAUUUACAGUCUAGCUUAGUUUGAUUCAUAAAUUAAAACAAACAAAUAACUGAAGGGUAUGUAGCUUGACUUGGAGAUGGAGGAGGCGGGUACGUGAUCUCAUGGCUGCAGGGCAGAGCUAAUUUAAGGGUGCAGAUGAAAAAUGGAAAGGCUACCUCAGCAAGUCAAUCCACAUCUAAACUCUUGGCACGACGGUCGAUUUAUGCAUCGGAAUACUUCAAUUGAAUGCAUCUGUUUCAGAGUCAUAGGGAACCCAAAUGAGAAAUGGAGGAGACCUCGGAAAUGUAUUGAGGGCAAAUACGCAGUCUGCGACUCAAUACACAUCCCAAUCAACAUCUGGGGGCUGAAACCAGGGGAGAGUCAAGUUUUCUGUGUCAUUCGCCAAGAAACCGCUCAAGACGUCAGACUACAGCUACCCUCCCGUAUGGACUGCCUGCAACAAGGAUCUGGACGACCACAGGGGAGGUGGUGGGGGAAGCUACCAGGAUCUCCUCUCGCUACCUGGGAAGCCGAGCAGGCAACCAAUCUGCUGUCUAAAUGAGGGCAUAUAGGAUCAUAUCUCAAAGUAGCAUCCAGUGAUAAGAUGCUGCUGUUUUACUAUAUGAUGAAUGUAUUUUCAGGUCAAAGGAGAGAAUUACAUUUCAUCAUGUGUUUUUGUAAAAACGUUUUUCUAAGUUGAUAAUAAUACUUAGAAGCUAAAAAUGGUCUGAAUAGUGUUGAGUCUUAUUCCAAUAAAAACACGUUUGUUCUGAUCAAGUCUGUGAUGAUGAAA